UCUUUCUUUCUCCCCCCCCCCCUGUUUCUGUUAGUAGUGUUUAAAAAGUGAGAGGACAUCCCGGAGACACAGUUUUCCCAUGGACUCCACCAGCCCUGGGAGUGACUUCGUCUCUCCAGAGUCAACAGUGACUACGCUGUUGUCAAGCUCUGGACGCUUUCGGACCAGGCUGUUGUCACCAGAGUUCAACUCAACCUUCAGAUACAGAGAUAAGGAAUAUGACUCCGCCUCGGCAGCUUUGGAUGCCUACAUCGCAGACUUCGACAGAUGUCUGUACACUGAGUCAUCAGGAACGCUGGGUCUGGCUCUGCCACAAAAUCCAUUGUCCACCCCGAGAAGACCCAGAAUGAGCACACCAAGAAACAAAGCUGCUCUCAGGGAACGUUUAACUGACAGGGAGGUGGAUUUCCUGACCCUCCCCGUCAGUUCCCUCCGUCACCGUGACAACCACGACAGACUUUCGAUGACAACCGACGAACUGCUGUCCGUCCCCCGUGAUGGUUCCAUGCCCGUCACCCACACGACUGCCUUCAUCCAAGGUUGCCCGUCUCAGUCUGUAGCCUCUCAGGCCCGUCUUCCCUCCGAGCCAGGGUACAGAGCAAGGGAUAACAUAUCCCACUCACAUUUAAGCAGGAACUGCAGCAGCUCAAGGUGCAAUCGAGAACCCGAAGUUUCCACUUUGAAACAAGAUGUCCCCUUUGUCAGAUGCUUAACAUGUGCACACAGAGCAGCGAGGUCAGAGCAGGUAUUGCAGUCUUCGUCGCCCCGUUUACCACGCAGGCUCAGUGGGAACAAGGCAGACGUCGGCCGCACUGCAAUCGGUAAUGUGCCUGCCUGGAUCCAAGACUGUGAGCCACUACCCCCAUCAGAGGUCUACGUUUGUGACAAGCUUGAAGGACCAAGAACCAGAGCACCAUCUUGGUCAGGAGACACAAAGGACGAUGCUGGCAUGACACCUAAUCAGCGUGACACCCAGCAGAGUCUGAGAGAUCUGAGGCUCCAGUUUGCUGAACAGAUAUCUUUGAUUGCCUCAGACAGAGAAAGCUCCCACUUCUCGGAAUUUCUUUUGAAAGAUUUUCUUUGGGCAGAUAACCGGCUAGAGUCACUGAUCCAAAAAGCCGAUCAAGUGCUGAACUCGCUCUCUCAGCGUUUUGGAGGAGCACAAAGUCUUGCAGAUUCAGUUCGCAGUGAUUCUGUGAAUCCAGUGAAUAGUGAAGAAAUGCAGCUCAGUUCGAUUUCGCAGGGUCCCCUGCUCCCUAUAGACUUGACGGGAGCGGCGCAGGGCAUCACCGAGGCGCUGUCGGAGGAAACCACCCAGGAUUGCAGUCACGAUGGGAGCAGCAUCUGGAAACAGCCCGGUCCGUUGGAGGCUCUGAAACAAAUGAUGUUUCGAAUGCAGGCUGUGGAGGCGGAGCUUCACCGACAACACAAACCACCAAUUGCUCCAACUGGCAAUAAGGAAACUCAUAGGAGGCCUGAAAGUGAAGCAGAACAGAGUUUAUCUGGUGCACCAUCACUGCAAAGGGCUCUGCAUCACCUCAGUCGCCUGAAGCUGCUGUUGGAGGAACCGAGAGAAAAGCAUGACGAAGAGGAGAAGGAUAUAGAUGAAGGACGAUACUCGUCUUUGUCUGCUGACAGACUCAUCGGUUCUCAGCAGUAUUGCCAUUAAAGAUGGAAACCCUGUCAGAUGGAUAUUUUUCUCGUCGGGGUCAGCUGGAGGUUCUCGAUGUUGUUUCAUAGUUUGACUUAAUUUUAGUUAUGUUGAGCAAGCCUGAGGAGCAGUCGUUGCCAAAAGGAGCAGAUGGAUGGAAGGUUUUUUCCCCAAAAGUGCGAUACAGCACAUCAAACGAUACCCAUCGAUACAUAAGUACAUCAUAUCAAAUGUGGCUUGAAGGCCAAUAGUUUUGGGCAAAAAAAGAAAAGAAAAAGAAGACAUAACAACGUGACGUCUGUAAAUGGAAUAUUAGUAUUUCGAAUGUAUAAUUGUACACCGAAGUGAAUUAUUGCAAUAGAGAUGGGAAUAGGGAAAUGUUUGUUCACCAGAGACGCAACUUUGUACGUAAGUUAAAAUGCAUAAAAUAGCGUUUUUACAGCCCACUAUUAAAAUGCCAAAGAAAAAUUGUUUAUAUGCAUUGCUUUUUUUUAAUUGAACCUUUAUUUAUUGAUCCAGGUAAGGAAGUUGAGAAUGCUGACCUUGCUGCAGAGUCAAGCAAAACUUCCAGCUGUUUCCAUUAUAGCACCGCUUCAUGAAUGCAAGAUCCUCCAAUGACCCAAAGUUGCAACAGCAUGAGGGCAAACGUGGAUUCAGAGGAAUCAACAGAAUCAUUCAUAAAAUUUAUCUUUGAAGUAAUUCAUGAGGAGAACAGUCAUUUGUGGUCUACAGUUGGACCUUUCUUUUUAACUUCUCUUAAUUCUUAACGAAUUGAAAGUGUACAUUGUUUAAUCCUUCCAUUGUGGAAAAAUAAUUGUGUAGAAUGAGCAUGGCAUUCAUGCUAAAUGUACGUUUUUGACAACACUUUGUAUACCUUUCUGUUAAUCGGCAUGGGAUUUUUGCUGAUCGUUAGUUGAUGUCAUUGUAAAAAUGAUACUUUGUGGUUGUGUUCUGAAGGCUUUGGUCAUGUUUGCUUUCUAAAUAAUAAUGUAUAUAUUUCUUGGGACCUGCAUCUUGUCCCUUUUUUAAAUUCUGUUGAAAUUUGAGCCUGAACUUUGCAUCCAUGCCCAUAACACACAGUUUAUUGCAAAGCUAUUGAGGCUGCAUUUCUUGCAGCCCUUUUUCAACACUUCACAUAUUGAGGCCGUACUACAUUCGAUCGAUUCAAAUGUACCGUGACCUUAAUUUAAUGAUGCUGCUUCAAAUGAUUUCAACCAGCUGCACCUGUCAUGUUCUUUUGGACAAAAUAUAUUGAUCUAUUAAAGUUGAACUAUCCCCCCCA